AUUUACCAAAGUACAUUCUCCGAGUUCAGACGGAUUAAGCUUUGCUGUGAUCUUGUGACUGAAUUAUUCAGCCUGUUUCAGGACAACAUUUCAGCUAUAAGGCUUUAAAGUGCAACAUGAAGAAACUCAUCUCUGUCAUAUUACUGGCGCUUCACAUACAAAGAGGAGAUUUUUCAGACAGUUCAGAUUUUCAUCUCAUCGAAGCUCCAAAACCAGAAGUGUUUGAGUUUAACAACACAAUCUACGCAACAUGUGAAGUCUCUCCCAUCCCAAAUUUACCCGCCGGCCAGCCUGAGAUCUUCGGCCAAGUCCUCUUCAGGCAGGUUUUCCCCAACGGGACUGCAGAAGUCAAAAUAAACCUGCGUGGAUUUCCUGAAACUGAUAAUCAAGUGCGUGCCAUCCAUAUUCAUCAAUACGGAGACCUCAGUCAGGGCUGCGUCACCGCCGGGCCACAUUAUAACCCGCAGGACGUCCCGCAUCCUAAUCAUCCCGGAGAUAUGGGCAACUUCAUGCCAAAACAAGGACUUAUCCGGCGGUUUCUGAAGCUCCCAGAGGUCAAGCUGUUUGGAGGUCAGUCCGUGCUGGGGCGUGCGGUGGUGGUGCAUGAGAAGGAGGACGAUCUGGGAAUGGGAGCAGAUGAGGAGAGUAAACGCAGUGGGAAUGCCGGGAGGAGAAUCGCUGGAUGUGUUAUUGGCAUCACCAAGCCUCAUCUGUGGCAGAAAACUGAACACGUGGAGGAGGAAGAGAGUAAGAGAUGAGCGUCGAGGUGGAUUGUGGAUUAUCAUGUUUAGAUUUAGUUUUGAAAGAAGAUGAUCACUCUUUAAAGGGGACCUAUUAUGCAAAAAUCACUUUUAUAAGGGGUUUAAACACACUAGUGUGUGAAUAUAACCACCUUCUAAUAGUUAACAUUGAUUGAGACUAUGUUUUGUAAUCACACUUGAUGUAAACAGUCUGCAGAAACACUUUGAUUGACAUUCUCCGUUUGUACGUGUCAUCAGAGGGGGAAUGCUCCGCCCACAGGUGACCAUCCCUCAUUAACAUAGGACUUUAGUCUUGCUUGUGAAUCUGCCACUAUGCUGACAGUCACACAGGAAUUUGUAGCUCCGCCCUCAUAAAAAAAAA